GAGAAGGCAGCGGUCUACUGGCAGGAAACGUGCCCUGCUGUCUGCACCGCCUAAGAGCCCAGCGGGGCUUUGUAACACCGUCCCUUCCCACUCGGCUGCCCUUCCGGAGGCCCCGGCAUAGCGCUGUCCUGGCCUGGCCUGGCCUGGCGUAGCAUUGAUUGAGUGUCUGAGGGAAUUCAGAUAAGCCACAACUGACAUUUGUUUGACAGAGAAGCUAGAGAGAUGCGCCCUCACGGUUUCCUUCUGUAAACGCGUGGCAGUCGGCGAUGGAAGGCCCGCAGGCAAACUUCCCCCUGCGCCCUGGCUCCGACCAGAAAGCGAAUAGGAUGCGGGAGGAUGGGGGCCCUCCGGUAAAGAAAGCAAUGACAGAAAUGCAUGGAAAUACUGAGUUCCCAGCUGGGGUGAGUAAGAUGCCCACCAUCAAGAAGGAAAACUUGGAUGAAUAUGAUGAAACUCCCAUGGAGGUGGAUAGAGAAAAUGUCAAGUCAGACAGCGCUGCUGUAUCUGAGCGCCUGAGUUUAAAUCCUGGUUUGAAACACACCUUGGCACAGUUCCACUUAAGUAGCCAGAGUUCGCUGGGUGGACCAGCCGCUUUUUCCGCUCGCUAUUCUGAGGAAAGCAUGUCUCCCACCGUCUUCUUGCCUCUUGCAUCGCCGCAGAUACUUCCUGGCCCCUUGCUCGUCCCUUCAGAUAGUUCCACGGAGCUCACUCAGACUACGCUGGAGGGGGAAUCUAUUUCCUGUUUUAAAGUUGGCGGAGAAAAGAGACUCUGCCUACCUCAAGUCUUGAAUUCUGUGCUCCGAGACUUUUCCCUCCAACAAAUUAAUGCAGUUUGUGAUGAAUUGUACAUAUACUGUUCAAGAUGCACUUCUGAUCAGCUUCAUAUCCUAAAGGUAUUGGGGAUCCUUCCAUUUAAUGCCCCAUCCUGCGGGUUGAUCACGCUGACUGAUGCUCAAAGAUUAUGCAAUGCUUUACUACGUCCUCGCACUUUUCCUCAAAAUGGCAGUCUGCAUCCUGCUAAAAACACGUUGGCUCAACUUAAAGAAACUGGCAGUGCCUUUGAAGUAGAGCAUGAAUGCUUGGGCAAGUGCCAGGGUUUGUUUGCACCUCAGUUCUAUCUUCAGCCAGAUGCUGCCUGUAUCCAGUGUUUGGAGUGUUAUGGAAUGUUUUCUCCACAGACGUUUGUGAUGCAUUCACAUAGAUCUCCGGAUAAAAGGACCUGCCACUGGGGUUUUGAAUCAGCCAAAUGGCAUUACUAUCUUCACAUUAACCAAAAAUAUUUAGGAACAUCAGAAGAGAGGGAGCUGAAGCAUCUCUUGGAGGAAAUGAAGGAGAAAUUUAGCGUGAAAAAUCAGAAAAGAACUCAGUCCAAAGCGGAUCCCCAGGGAAGCCUAGAAUUACAGCAGUGGUAUCCAGUUAUAAAGCAGGAAGCAGACCCUGCUACUCAGUCACCUUCAUUCAUCCAUCCAAGUUACUACCUUUACAUGUGUGAUAAAGUGGUUGCACCAAAUGUGUCCCUUACGUCACAGUGCAAAGAAGCUACAAAAACAGCAGGCAGAAGUUCAGAAGUAAUGAAAUCCUUACCUGGACAGUCAGAGAAACAGCUCAGUAGUAGUAAACGCAAAAAAGGUGCCUCCUACCCAGAGUUGUCGCUUGAAGAGCAGGAAAAAAUAGACUUAAAAACUAGCACAGAACAACAUAAACAUUUUGAUCCACCACUGUCAAAUAAUUCAGCAAGAAGUGGAAAAUCUGAAUAUGUCUCAUCCAAAGCAACUGCUGCAUCUAACCAUGUUGAAAUAGGUAGUAGCACACCAACCUUCUCCCCAGCUCUCAAGGACAUCAGUUGUGAAGAUGACAAGGGAAGAAUCAUGGAGGAAGUUAUGAGAACCUACAUUAAGCAGCAAGAAAAACUGAAUAUUAUAUUGCAAAAGAAGCAGCAGCUUCAAAUGGAAGUGGAAAUGUUAAGUAAUUCUAAAGCUAUGAAGGAAUUAACUGAAGAACAGCAGAAUUUACAGAAAGAACUUGAAUCUUUGCAGACUGAGCAUGCUCAAAGAAUGGAAGAAUUUUAUGUUGAGCAGAGGGACUUGGAGAAGAAAUUGGAACAGGUGAUGAAGCAAAAAUGUACCUGUGACUCGAAUCUAGAAAAAGACAAGGAGGCUGAAUAUGCAGCACAGUUGGCAGAACUGAGACAGAGAUUGGAUCAUGCAGAAGCAGAUAGACAAGAGCUCCAAGAUGAACUGAGACAGGAACGAGAAGCAAGAGAAAAGUUAGAGAUGAUGAUAAAAGAAUUAAAGCUACAGAUUUUGAAAUCUUCAAAAAAUGGAAAAGGAAAAUAGAUAUUGGGAAAGGUGAACACAAUUGUGUUCUUCAAACAGGGUUGUUUUUUUGUAGUUGAAUUGUGAGCAGUUUUUCUGUAUAAUAAAACAAGGUAUUCUCUAUGGACUUCUCAAACAGAAAACCAAGAUGAAGAAAUAAGUGGAUGGAUAUACAUUUUUUCCUAGCUCAUGAAAAUCUGCAUUUAUUUGUAUUGGUGAUUUUUUAGAGACAACUGUUAAAGAUAUGAAACUUUUGUUUUAGAACAGUUAAUUUCCCUCUCUUUCUGAUGCAGUAUUGAGGGCUAUGUACCUUUUUUUAAAGCAGCAUUUUAUGUUUAAAAUAUACUGUGGUGGUUUUUAUUUUGCUACUUGUUGCACAUCCCGUUAUAGAAGUACAUUUUUAAAAUGUUGCUUUUUUUUAAAUCUAAAAUUCAAAACCAGAAUUUGAGCUUCAGUAAAAAGUCUUUCCUCUCUGGUGACAAGGAAGGCAUUUUCAUGUUUAUGUUGCAGGGUGGCAAGUUGAUGAAAGGGAACUGUUUAUCAUAAAUUUACUAGCCUAAAUUUUUUCAUCCAUAUACAUUUUCAUCUAUACAUUUUUCAAUAUAAAUUUUUCAUCUUUUAAAUAUUAAGUAUUUAACAUUUUUUGUCAAGAUCACAAAAAAAUUGUAUACUUUUGACAUUUUGGAAAGAAGAUAUCAUUAUUAUGUACUUCUUGUGAAAAGGAAUAACAAAAAUGCAUGAAAAACUUUAAAAAUAAUCUACCCCUACUUUAUUUUUCUUCCAGAUAGCAAAUAUGGAAAAAAAAGUCUAAUGGAUUAAAUUUGUAGGUUUUCUCCUUUAAUAGGAAGGUUCAGGUAAUGGUGAUAUGAAAAUACUAAUGACCUAGAGAAUAACACUUUUAAGUUACAUACAUCAGUUACUUUUCAGUGGGGCAACCUCUUUUUUUUUUCUUUUUUGUACAGACUUUUCUUUUGGUAUGUGAAAAACAGGGUUUAAUUGACAUUUAGGUAAUUUAUUAAACAUUUCAAAAAAAACAUUUCAGCUAUGGCACUUUGAAAGACAAUAUCUCUUUUCAUUUUGAAAAGUUUGACAUGCCCUUGAUAGAUUAUUUUUUUUGAUUAUGUCAGUGAUUAGAAGUAUUUUAGUCUCUUCAGUGGUCACAGCAUAAUCUGAGUCUGUCACAAAUUGAACCUUUUUGCUAUGGUGCUUGUGCCUUUACUGUAUUCAGAAAGGUUAAAUUAAUGGUGAAGAAGGCCAUUAAUACAGUUUCUGCUUCCAUAUUUGCUUUGAGUUGGUUAAGUUUUCUGGGAAUUUUAAUUUUUUCAUGCAUUGUUUCAAUUAAAUCAUAAAUAUUAGAAAAAGAAAAAUUAAGUUGGCAUAUAUCUCACAUGCUGCUUGUUCAAUUUGGAGAGGUGAAACUAAAGUAUGUUUGACAUGUUUGUUAGAAUUGUCGUGUAUUCUUAAUGUCACAUUUACACUGAAAGUUAAAGCAUGUUUGAAGCAGUUUGAAACAUGAAUUGUAUGAAUUGGAGUAACAGGUUUUUCUCUCUUUUUGGUUAUUCUUUUUAAAAAUAUACACCUAUCUACGCUGGCCUGGUCAAAUCUCGUUUUAAGGGCGGUUAUGAGGUAGAAGGAAAAAGUGCCCAUAGGAAACUGAUUCACUCGGUGUAUAUUUGUGUAUUCAAAAUCAUAUAUUCUUGUUUUAAAGAUUAUAUAUAUUUUAAUCCCAUUAGCCUAGACAAUGCAGCUAUGGGAGAAUGAGUGCAAGCUUAGUCUGAUUUAUGAAACAGAAGUUAACUAUGUACUGAUUCUAAAAUCCUUAUCAGAUGCCCAAGCCUGGAAGAGCAAAAGUUAGCUCUUGGAUCCCAGGCUGAAUUUCUCAGGUUGGCAGAUGGAUGGGGUAGGGGAAUAAUCUUUUUUUCAAGCUCUUCAGAAAGUUUAAUUUGAGUGUCACCAAAAAGGCAGUAAAUAAAAAAUCCUAUUAUUUUAUUAUUUUAAAUCCAUCUUAUUUUUCAGACUGUAUCUUCAUUGUAAAACUUAAAUCUGGCCUUCACCUGUUUCAAUUGUCAAUGUAGGUGUGCACUUUGAACAUCUUUGAAUUAGUUUAUUUACCGCAGUAUUUCAUGUUCUAGCAGUUGAAAUGGUAGAAUCUGGACUGGAUUAUUGCUGUAGAAUACUAUAUAUUUUUAUUCACUUUUCACUAAUCACUCAAAAAUUAUUUUUUUUGCUCAAGUUUUCCAUAGUCGUGAGUGCUAAUAUAGGCAAGGUUCAGUGUCUCCACCAGCAUUUUAAACACCCUGUCAGCUUUGUUCCAUAGGGGUCUACCUGAUGCAAUGCUUAAGAUGCUAAAAGCCAUGAUCUCUAUUAGUAUUUCUAUGAUGGCAGUCAUUGCAUGAGGUGUCAGAUAAAGAUGUCUUGUAACUUGUGUCUAGGAGCUCCCAGCCUAAUGUUCUUUUUGGAAUGGAAUGGGAGGGGGAGAGGGAGCAAAGGGAGUUCAGUCUGGGGGGUUUUCAGCCCCCCCUAGAGGGUGGGGCAGAUGUAUUGCAGACCCCCUGAGGUGAGGCCAGGGGGGUUCCAAUUUACACCCCCCUUUCAGCAGCAGCUGGGAAGCCCCAAGAAUAAGCUCCCUCUGUUGCUUUCUCCCCUCCUCCCAUUGUGAAAACAGUGAGCAAGGGCACAGAGCCUGGCCACCACUGUGGGAAUGUGGCUCCAGGCUCCCAGCUGCAGCUAGGUUUUCCCUCCCCACUGGAACUAACAGUGAACUUUUGGUCUGGGGUAACGGUGCAACUCUGAAUGCUUUGCAAAAAUCAUUCUUAGUUGCAGCUGGGAGCUGCACUUCUGUCUGCACCCUUAUUCUAAUAUAUUGGCUGAAAAAGCUUAAUUGAGAAUUGGUCUAAAGUCUCUUUUAGUAGCCUUGUAAAUAUAUCAUUUACAAUAAUUUUAAAUAAUUGUAUUUUUUUUUAAUACUGAAUAAGGACAUUUUCAUUUCCAAUUCAUUACAUAACAAUUCCCAUAUGUGUAAACUUAAUUUUAUAUAGAUUUUUAAGUAAUAAUGUAUAAAUAACUGUGCCAUAGAUUUUUGUGUCCAUAGUCACUGAAAGAUGGUUUUGUAGUAAAUUGUAAAUAAUACUGUAUAAGUUCUAGAAUAAAUAGUUAUGUUGAGCUCUUUCACUAAUUUAUAAUAAUUAAGACAAACAGUUUAUUUUACAGCCUAAUACAGAGACUAGGAAUGAACCCUUAAGGGACCUCCAGCAAAAUUGUCCUGUCACUAUGAACAUGCUCGUUUAGUCAUAGCAUGCUCGUUUUACUUGCGAAUUAAUAAUGGAGUUUAUUUUAACUCUAAUUUUUCUGUGCUGAUCUUUUAGACUGGAAGUUUAUUUUCCAGAUUGACUUAAAGUUAAUCUUGAUAAAAGAUCAAAAUAUUCUUAACUUGAAUCUGCAUUAAUGAACAAUUAGUUGAGAAAUAAAGUUGCCUUAGAGCACUUUGAGAAUAAAAUUAGUAGUAUUCAACAUGUACCUAGUGCUAAUAUACCUUCUGAGGGAGAACUUUCAUGUGCUAUGUGUACUCAAUUCUGCAAGAAAACCUAAUGAUUCUAGAAAACUAGUAAAUCUUUUGUAUUCUGGCACUCUGAAAGCACCCUGAUUCACAAAUGUGACCACUUAAAACUCAGUGAAACAGAUUUUAGCAGAUCUCCAAGGUUAAAUUUAAAGAAUCUGUGCUUUAGUUUUUGUAAAAUUUGUCCUUUUAGCUUGAGUAUUAGGUAUACAUAGUAGUUAUGUUUUACAUUAUUAAACUAAGUUUAUUCUAUAUUUAAUAUAUUAAUAGCUUAGAUGUAAAAUCAUUUGUAUAUAGUAAGGGUAUGAUGCAGUUACUUAAGUUGGCAAAGUCAAGAGGGAGUGUAAAACUCUUGGUGGGUUGGCCUGAAGAGCACCACUCAGGCUCAUGGUCAGGAAGUCAUGAACCACGUUUAUUCAUAUAUAUUCAUCAGUUUGCGAAAAAAAAUCAAAUUUGCAAUUAACUAUAACGCGACACUAAAUUGUAGAAACAUUUUCCUAGGAUUAAUUGUGAAGCUAGUCUUAAAAUACAUGGUCAGCUUCCUAAAAAAUUCUUUCUUGUUAGUACGGUAUAUAUUUUGACUAGCCAGUAAGGAUAUUAACGUUAUACUUUUUCUGCACUUAACCCAUAUAAUUAAUCCACAUGACAGAAUUUUUAUAGCAUGGUAAAAUUAAUAAAAUACAUAAAUACACCUGCCUUCAGUUCUGUGCUUGCACUAUUUAAGCAGUUUUAUCUUAAGCUGUCAGCAGUAAAAAUAUCUUGGUACAAAAACCUGUAGAUUUUACUAAUGUUACAGAGGUUCAACAAAGGUUCAUUGCAUUUGUAGCAUCAGAGACAGUAAAACAUUUCCCUUACUGGAGGUUUUGUUCUAGAAUUAGUUAUGUUGGACUCCUAUAGUCCAAAAGGGCAUCUAUUAUUUUUGCUUAGUUUUUACUUUUUAUGAAAGUAAAGGUCAUCGGCUUACAGACUGCACAGUGCAUUUCACAGUGUCUCCGUUACUACAUAGAAUAGAACGUUUUCUGCAGUUACUGUUUUAGUUGAAAAAAGCUUGAAAAACUGGUGGGUUUGAAGCAUUACUUAAUCAAGCACAGCAAAACAAAAGGUUUUAAAAAUAAAGCAGAACACUUGGAAAUCAGUCAAAUGUUUUAAAAAAGAUUACAAUUUUUUUUUCCAAAUAUAGAUACCUCACUAGAAAACAUGGAAAGCACAGUUGUACUUUAUUUAAAAUAAUUCUAGGAAAUAAAGUUUGUCUCCAGUUGUUUUGCUGCAAUUACGUUGCCUUCCAGGAUUAUAAGGUCUUUGAUAGACAAAAUCUGUUUUGUGUUUUCAUAUUCACUGUUGGAAGUAUUGAUGUUGACAUGCCAGUAUAAUUAACCUUUAGAUUACAGAGAGUAUCUGUAAAGCUUUGUAGAAACUAUCUUCAAUCAAGACAAGUGAAAUAACUAUCUGAAACUGUAGUAAAAGCCUGAGAUAAAAUAAUCAGCGCAUUCAACAAUUUUUAAUACUUUGCCAAUGAUGUACAGUUUUAUUGUUCAAGUUGCUGUGGUUGCAUUACAUGACACACAAAACUGUCCUCUACCUCACGUGAGAUUUAACAGAUAUUUUAUAUGGUUUUAGUAAAAACAAGAUGCAUCUAUCUGGUCACUUAGUUUACAAAUUUUGAAUUAUAUUUAUUGAAACAUGACAUACUGUGCUCUUAGCUUAUACCUCAAUUGUAUUUUGUGCUGUUAUCCAUUUUCAUGCCUUGUAAAUACCCUGUAUAGAUGGUGGAUUCGAAUACAAAUAAAGAAAUGUAAUG